CGCUCCACCUGGCGGGAGCACCAGGCCUGUGUGCGGAGGGACCGCCCCCGGGCAACAUGGCUUCUGCCGUGGCCCCCGGCCUCCUGGUGUCUCUGCUGCUGCUCCCAAGGGUCCUGCCCGCGGUGGUCCACUCUGUGCCCCUGCAGGCCGCCUUCCUGGAGGACACAGGGGGCAGCGGGGAGGCUGACGGCGCUUCGGCCUCCUCCCCGAGCCUCCUGCCGCCCCGGACCCCGGCCCUCAGCGCCACGUCGGUGGGGCCGCAGCCCACGCCCCUGGCGGGCCCCCAGCCCCCCACCAACUUCCUGGAUGGCAUCGUGGACUUCUUCCGUCAGUAUGUCAUGCUCAUCGCCGUGGUGGGCUCCCUGGUCUUCCUGAUCAUGUUCAUUGUCUGCGCCGCCCUCAUCACCCGCCAGAAGCACAAGGCCUCUGCCUACUACCCCUCGUCCUUCCCCAAGAAGAAGUACGUGGACCAGAGGGACCGGGCCGGGGGCCCGCAGGCCUUCAGCGAGGUCCCUGACAGGGCUCCUGACAGCCGGCCCGAGGAGGCCCUGGAUUCCUCCCAGCAGCUCCAGGCGGACAUCCUCGCUGCCACCCAGAACCUCAAGUCUCCCACCAGGGCGGCCGCGAGCAGCGGAGAUGCAGCCAGGAUGACAGAGGGCAAGUCGGAGGAAGAGGAGACAGGCUGCCAGGAGGAGCAGCGGGAGGCCCAGGGGUGCGGGGUCCCCGCGGAGAACCCGCAGGCCCCGGAGGGGCCGUGCUCAGUGCUGGCAGAGGCGGCCGUGGGGGCCAGCGAGGGCCCUGGGGAGCCAGACGCGGCCCCCUCAUUAGCCCGGGAAGCUGGGGACCCAGCUGGCCCCCCGGAAGGCCCCUGUGCUUGUGGCAGUGUCUCCGCUAGCAUCUAAUAGGCCCCAGGGCUGUGGCCCUGACUGUCGUACUCCUAGCGGUCCCCUCCUUGGGCACAGAAAGGCGCUUGGCCCUUAAUGCUCCCCGACGCCCCUCCUUGCCCACUCCCGGCGGCAGAUCCCAGCGCGUCCUCAUCCUUCAGCGGGCAGAGAUGCCGGUCUCCGGUUUGCCCCAGGCAUCUCACCAAGUUCUAGAAUGUCCACCCCUGCAGCCCCAAAGGGCCACAUCCCUA